UGAAAAUCCGAGAGGAGGCAGUCGGCUUCUCAUUAUCAGAUGGUCAACAGAGAAGGAAGCCCCAUCCCUGCAGAAGCAGGAACUAGAGUCCAUCCAGGAUGACAUCUGUUAGUGAAAACAUGGAGGCCCAAGAUGAGAGACCCCAGAUUUCUAGACCUUCAGAUUUCAAAUCCCUGAUUACUACUACCUCAGCUUCCCAGCUCUUAAAGUCUGAUUUGAUUACUGAGGAACCGAUGUCAGAGGAACAGAAGUUUGACACUGUGUCAUCAUACAUUUGGUCUGAUGAAGAUAAUGAUGAAAUACUGGAGACCAUAGACAAUGAUGAGCCAAAGGAGGAAGCCCCCACUGACCGACCAUCAUGGGCCAAUAAAAUUGAGUACCUCCUGGCCCAGGUGGGCUUUUCUGUGGGACUGAGUACCAUCUGGCGCUUUCCUUAUCUGUGUUUUCACAACGGAGGUGGCAGUUUUCUCAUCAUCUACAUGCUCAUGCUGUUCUUGGUCGGGGUUCCUCUUCUAUUUCUGGAGAUGGCAGCUGGUCAGAGGAUGCGUCAGGGCAGCAUUGGUGUAUGGAAGGUCAUCAGCCCCUGGAUUGGUGGUGUGGGGUACACCAGCUUCAUGGUGUGCUGCAUCGUGGGUUUGUACUACAGUGUGCUCAUGGCUUGGAGUCUCUUCUAUUUGGUUCAGUCUUUCCAGUCUCCACUGCCUUGGUCAAUGUGCCCCUUACUGAGGAACUCCAGUGAUUUUGAUCCUGAAUGUGAGCGGACAGCACCCACCACAUACUUUUGGUACCGGAAUGUACUGAAGGCUACAGAUGAAAUUGAAAUGGGUGGACUACCAGUUAUGCAUCUCAGUGUCUCUCUCUUUAUGACAUGGUUAAUUAUCUGCAUCUCCAUGAUCAAAGGACCCAAGUCCACUGGGAAGAUGCUGUAUGUGUCAGUACUCCUUCCCUACUUCAUCCUUUUCUGUCUCCUUAUCCGGAGUCUCAUGCUGGAAGGCGCACAUUUUGGUCUCAAGAAUUUGUUGGCUGCCAAGGUACCAGCCCUGUACUCUGUGCAAGUGUGGCGCCGGACAGGGAACCAGCUCUUUUUAUCCAUGGGCCCUGGCUUUGGCAGCUUCACUGCAAUCAGCUCAUACAUCCCUCGGUCCAACAACUGUGUCAUGGAUGCCUUUGUUGUGGCUCUUCUGAACUUGACGGCCUCACUGACUGCAACGGUGUUUGUAUUUGCCAUAAUGGGCCACUUGGCCACAGAGAACAAUGAAAAAUGUUACCUGAGGAAUGCUGAGACAGUGCUGUAUCUGAUAGCUUCUGGGGUGCUGCCUGCCGAGGCCCACCCCCCAGACAGUAUGUAUCAUGAUCCAAGCUCCAUCUACUCCACGUGGCUCAAGAGCCUCCCUAAACAAACCAAAGACACGGUCCUACCCUAUAUGACCAAUUGCAACAUAGCUCAUGAACUGAAGGAGGUUAUGGAGGGUCCCGGUGUGGCCAUUGUGGCAUUUACCAAUAUCACCUCUGUGUUUUCUGGAUCCACCUUCUGGGCCAUCAUCAUCUUCGUGUUGCUGGCAAGCCUGGGACUGAGCACCAUGAUCGGGAUCAUGCAGGGCAUUGUUACCCCUCUCCGGGACACUUUCUCUUCCCUCAGGAAAUAUACAAAUCUGCUCACAGUGGGCGUCUGUGUGCCUAUGUACCUGGGCAGCCUCAUUUUCGUGACGUCUUCGGGUAGCUACUAUGUGAACCUGCUGGAUGAUUACUGGGUAUCUCUGCCCCUGUUCUUCGUUGUCAUCUUGGAGAACAUAGCCAUGGCCUGGAUCUAUGGAGCCAGGAGGUUCCUUGCAGACUUGAUUAUCAUGUUGGGCCACCCCAUCUCUCCCAUCUAUCGUUGGCUGUGGUGUUUUCUGUCUCCAUUUGUGCUGCUAGUCCUGUUUGUAAGCACCCUGCUUCAUCUGUCUCUGAAGACCAUCACCUACUUGGCCUGGGACUCAAGCAUUUCAAAUGAGGUGAUCCGAAUUUAUCCAUCAUGGGCUAAGGUCUUGCUCAUCAUCCUCAUCAUCAUUACCAUCUUGCCUAUCCCUGCCUACUUCUUGUACACACUCAUUGGUGUGGAUUUCACAGUCUCCAUGAUUCACAGUGGGACCACGGUUAUCUUCAAACCUGAAGCUAAAGGGAACUCACCAAAGUCCAAUCCACGGCUUCAGGUGAGGAAAAGUCAAAAGAAGAUUAAUAAAAUAGAUAAGCAACAAGGAAAAACCUCUCUGCCAUGUGAGUAA